AUGGCAGAGGCCGCGUUUUCUGAAGAUGGAAAAUAUUUUUCAUUAAUUACCAAUGACGGUAGAUUAAGAAUAUGGGAUACAGAAACAAAUGUUCUAAAACAGGAAUAUACUCCAGAUUUCCAUUUAAAGGCUUCACCGACUUGUUUACAGUGGGUAGAAGUAAAUAACAGUUUGAGUCCAAAAAAAGGCGCUAGAAAAUCUAUCUCUGGACAAACUUCACAAUGCGUCGCAUUGGGUACAAUUUACGGAAAGAUACUUUUAUAUUCCGUGAGUCAAGCAAAAGUUGAAACUGUAUUAGAAAAUGAGAAACAAACAAAAAAAAUUCAAUCCUUGGAUUGGCAUAGAAAAUAUGGCCUUUUCAGUUGCUCUGUUGAUAGUCAUGUUAUUGAGUGGGACCUUGGAAUGUCUUCAGUGAAGCACACUUACAAUGUAUCUAUGAGGACUAAGUUAAAACAAGUUAAUAAGGCUUCAGGUAUUAAGAUAGUGCCACACAACCAGGAUUCAUCUAUUAAAUAUAUUAUUGUAGCAUCAGUUAAGACAAAUAUAUGGAGAUUAGAAAAUUCAAAUGCCACCAUUGUUCAAUCACUAAGUCACACUGUGUCAGAUAAAGCUAUAUUGACUGUUACUACACUGGGAAAUACUAGCUGGCUAAUAGAAGGGUCUCAAGAAGAGAGACUACUAUCCUUCUGGGAUGUAACAAUUAAAGAGGAACCACUACAAAAUGGUGAUUCAACACCCUCAAACAAAAAACGGAAAAAAGAAAUCAUAGUUACUCCAACACCAACAUAUAAUUUUGUUCUAGAAGAUGCUCCUAAGUUUGUAGAUGUUAAUAUCAAGUGUGAUGCUGAAGGAACAAAACUAUCACUUGUUGCUGCAACCAGAAGUGGUGUUGUUCAUUAUUAUGGACAUAUGCUAAAUGGCUCAACAACAAAACCAAUUAAGCCAUCAGUGACUAUCCAAGUUAGUACUCCAGGUGCAAGUCCGCUACCUUUAACAUGUUGUCAGCUACCCAAAAAUGGAGAUUUAUUGUUGGGUUAUAAAAAUGGUCCUGUGCUUCUUUUUGAAAAAGUGACACCAGACUUAAGUACAAAGACACAAAUCCUAAUACGUGGUGACAAUGAGAAAAAGGUUCAAAAAUCAAAUGAUACAACAAAAGAUAUAUCAAGUACAAAUAAUGAUAUUACAUAUGUGGAGCCAAUGGGUGGAGUUAGCAGAAAAAGGCCGACAGCUGGUGGAACUACUGAGGUGACAAUGGAAGCAAGAUUACAGAACCUAGCGUUAGAUUUAAACAGCCGAAGCAAAGCACCAGUUAAUCAGAACCUUACUAAGUUACUAAUGCAGGGACUGCAUUCUGAUGAUAAAGGGUUAAUAUUAACAGUGUUACAAAAAGAUGACCCAGCAGUGGCCUUCAACACGAUUGCAUCACUGCCAGCAGAGUAUGUCCCUAUGUUGUUAGACAGCAUACUGGAGAUGGCCACAAGAAAGACAAGCCAAUGUGCGGCUGCAUGUACUUGGUUGAACGCGUUAAUAAAGUCCCAUUCGGCAUUACUCCUAGCAUCAAUCAAUGCGAGGACAGCCAACCAGAUCACACAGCUAUUAGCUAUAUUUACACACAGGAGGUCACAUUUAUGCCAGUUAUUAAAUUUAAAAGGAAGAAUAGACCUUACAGUAGUGCAGCGUAAUAAAACUAAAGAUGUCUCAAAUCAAGCUCCCAUCUUGGAUUAUCAAGAUACAUCAUCAGAUGAAGAGAUGGAAAUUGAAAAAGCAGACUCCAGUGCAGAUGAACAGUGGGAGGAUGAGGUUGAUGAAGGCGAUGACGAUGAUGAUGAUGACGAAACUAGUGAUCAAUCAGAAGAUUAG